AUGGUGCGGCAUUGGGAGGAUCUAACAAUGAUAAAUGCCUGCACUAGUCCCAUUAGGUACUGGCUAACCAAAUUCUUCCUGGAGUUCACUCGACUUUCGUCUCCGCUUCUCCGCCCGUCAACUUCCAUGGCGGACGGCUCCGAGAUUCCAUCGUCGUGUUUAUUCGUCGCUUGCAUUCCGCAGUCGCAGGUGGGAAUAUUUGAGAGAUGGGGGAGAUUCACCCAUGUCGCAGAGCCCGGGAUGCACUGCUUCAAUCCCCUCGCUGGGACUUGGUUGGCGGGAAAAUUGUCGCUCCGCGUGCAGCAGCUAGACGUGCGCUGCGAGACUAAAACGAAGGACAAUGUGUUUGUGACGGUGGUGUGUUCCGUCCAGUACCGGGUGAUGAAGGACCAUGCAGACGAUGCGUUCUACGAGCUCCAGAACCCUCGCGAGCAGAUCCAGUCCUACGUCUUUGAUGUGGUGCGAGCCAGUGUGCCUCGCAUUGAGCUGGAUAAGGUGUUUGAACAGAAGGACGAGAUUGCUAAGAAUGUGGAGGAGGAACUUGAAAAGGUGAUGAGAGCGUAUGGCUACACCAUUCAGCAAACCCUUAUUGUGGACAUUGAGCCUGAUGCGACCGUUCGGAAAGCCAUGAACGAAAUCAAUGCUGCUCAGCGCAUGCGCAUGGCAGCGCAGGAGAAGGCAGAGGCUGAGAAGAUCCUUCAAGUGAAGCGUGCCGAGGCUGAUGCCGAGGCGAAGUACCUCUCUGGUGUUGGUGUGGCUCGCCAGAGGCAGGCAAUUGUGGAUGGGCUUAGAGAGAGUGUCCUCGCAUUUUCACAUGAAGUGGCGGGAACUACACCCAAGGAUGACAAUGUGUUUGUGACGGUGGUGUGUUCCGUCCAGUACCGGGUGAUGAAGGACCAUGCAGACGAUGCGUUCUACGAGCUCCAGAACCCUCGCGAGCAGAUCCAGUCCUACGUCUUUGAUGUGGUGCGAGCCAGUGUGCCGCGCAUUGAGCUGGAUCAAGUGUUUGAGCAGAAGGACGAGAUUGCCAGGAAUGUGGCAGAGGAGCUUGAAAAGGUGAUGACAGCGUAUGGCUACACCAUUCAGCAGACGCUCAUUGUGGACAUUGAGCCUGACACCACCGUGCGCAGAGCCAUGAACGAAAUUAAUGCUGCUCAGCGCAUGCGCAUGGCAGCACAGGAGAAGGCAGAGGCUGAGAAGAUCCUUCAAGUGAAGCGUGCCGAGGCUGAUGCCAAGGCAAAGUACCUCUCUGGUGUUGGUGUGGCUCGGCAGAGGCAGGCGAUUGUGGAUGGGCUGAGAGAGAGCGUCCUCGCAUUCUCGCAUGAAGUGGCGGGAACAACUCCCAAGGACGUGUUGGAUAUGGUGCUUGUAACGCAGUACUUCGACACAAUGAAGGAUAUAGGAGCCUCAGCCAAGAGCAACACGGUGUUCAUUCCACAUGCCCCUUCUCAGAUUGCCGACAUUUCUGCGCAGAUUCGGAACGGGAUGCUGCAAGGAAACAUCAAGCAGGAAUAG